AUGGGGGCGACCUGCAGUCACGCGGAUUGCUAUUCGAGUCUCUUCGACUGCCUAGACCCCGGCUCAAGCAACGGGUUCUACGAGUGUCAGGAACCGCCUCCUGCCACCCUGCCUUGCUCGGCGGAGGUCCAGCAGUCGUGGGUGGUGGCCGACUCGGCGGAGGCACUGGCGUUAGCCGCGGCUGUCAAUUGUUCCGGCGGGUCGUUCGAGGUGGAGUGGAGAGGGUCCGUAGUCGUGGAGUCACCGAUCUACGUCCGCGACGGGACCAUUGUCACCGUUACGGGCGUCGGCUCGACCGCCGUCAUCGACGGACACGCCGCAACGCGACUCUUCACUGUCGUCGACGCGUCCCUGCACCUGCGGAACGUGAACAUCAGCUACGGUGCGAGCAGGGCGGUCGGCGGGGGAAUCGCCGCGGCAGGGUCCCGCGUGACGCUGAACCACACGAGCAUCGUCGGCAACAGGGCUACCGGCCACGGAGGCGCAGUGUACGCGUCGAACGGCUCCACCGUGUCUUGCUUGGGGGAUACAGCCUUCAACGACAACAACGCGACGGGGGACGGGGGCGCCAUGUACGUGAUCGGCGCCUCGGCCGUCGACUGCGGUGCCGCCUGGCUAGGCAACGUGGCGGGCGAUUCCGGAGGCGCAAUAUACGCCGGGAACGGAUCCAGCGUGUCUUGGAGCGAUGACGCCGUGUUCGUUGAGAGCGGCGCCGGCCGUUACGGCGGUGCUAUCUACGUCCUGGAUGGCUCGACGGUAUCAUGGGACGGCCGGACGGAAUUUCAUUCGAACCGCGGUGCUCUUUGGGGCGGAGCCGUGGUAGUCGAACACGGGUCGAGUCUUUCGUGGGGCGGAGACACGACGUUCACGAACAACAGCGCUAUCUAUGGGGGUGCCCUAAUGGUAUUCGACCUCUCGGCAGCUUCCUGGAAUGCAUCGACCACGUUUCUGGAGAACCAAGCUUGGUAUUCCGGGGGCGCGGUCUACGUCCAAACCGCCUCGAGUAUUUCGUGGGCGGGACACGCGGAAAGCGUGUUCGACGGGAACCAGGCUCUGAUUGGCGGGGGGAUGGCUGUGACUCAAAGCUCUGAGCUUUCCUGCGCCGAGGAGACCACCACCACGUAUGUCGGAAACUCGGCAACUAUUUCCGGGGGUGCCCUAGAGGUGGGCUCCGGGUGCAACGCGUCCUUCGGCGGCAACGCUUCCUUCGAAGGGAACAGCGCUGUUGGAGAUCCAGGAAUACUGGAGAGUGGCUUCGGCGGCGCACUGUUGGUUGUCGGUAGGGAGUUGCCUGCCGGCGUUUUCCUCGGUGGUUCGACGGCUUUCGUGGGCAAUUUCGCGGAGAAGGUGGGAGGGGGGCUGGUCGCGAGCUACGCGACGGCGGCCUGGGGCGGGGACACGGCUUUCGUGGAAAAUUCUGCCGGUCGGUCCGGAGGAGCCGUCUUCGUCGUGAAUGGCUCGAGCGUCGCGUGGACCGGGGACACGACCUUCAUGUCGAACGAGGCGAGCACCGACGGGGGUGCGGUGGCAUCACCCAUUCUCGACUCCGUGUACAAUCUCCGGAGCUCUACCCUCCUCAUCAACGGGCCGACGGCCUUCGUGAACAACACGUGCGGGGGAAGCGGGGGAGGUCUCGCGGCCUUCGACGGCCUGUCGGUAGACAUCGACACGGCGGGUGUUACCUUCUCCGGCAACGCCGCCGAAGUCGCGGGAGGGGCCGUCUUCGUCUCUGGCGCCGGCGUCGGCUUCGUAUUCGUCAACGUGAGCUUCGUGGCCAACUCCGCUCAGGUUGGAGGCGCAGUUUCGAUCGUGGGGUCCGGGAACUUGAAAGGGUUUUUCGACCUCGAAUGGCCGAGCCCAACAACGUUCGACCGCUGCUCCUUCGUCGGCAACCAAGCGUCCGCAACGGGUGGGGCCUUCGAGAGCGCCGCCGGACAGGACGCCUUCGUCGGUAAUGUGUUCGUGGGUAACAAGGCCGGGACCGGGGGGGCUCUGCGGAUGGCAGGCACGGCGUCUGUGGAGAACUGCUCGUUCGUCGACAACGUCUCAGACGACGGCGAAGGGGCGGCCUUGUCCAACAUCGGUUUCAUCUCGAAGAUGGCGCACAUCUACUUCAGCGACAACGUCUUCGACUGUCCAUCCGGCACGUUCCUGGACUUGAACGCGUCGGGCGACCCAUUCGAAGCCGUCUGCGCCGGGUGUGACAUCGUGUGCGACGGGUGCGUCUUCGAACAAGGGCUAGUAGGUCCCGCUUGCUCGGAAGUGAUGGCCCACUCAACGAGCACCGGCGGCAACACCACCCUCCAAGAAGUAUCGAUCGACCGAGGGUAUUGGCGAGCAACAUCCGUGAGCGAAGAAGUCCUCGAGUGCUUCCAGGCCGAUGCAUGCCUGGGCGGGGUGACGGGGACGUCUGGGUAUUGCCUUGAGGGCUACGAAGGACCAUAUUGCAGUAUCUGCAGCGGUGGGUACACGAAGCAACUGGGGUUUUCUUGCACCAAGUGCUCCGAAAACAAGGCUGGUGGCAUCGUGGUUAUUGUCAUCAUCGCCAUGUUGGCCAUCUUCGCGGCAGUCGCUGUGGUCUCGUACAUCAUGUCGAGGGACGACGACGGGGGCGCGGAGGGAGGGUUAGUCGAGCGCAUGGCCCGGCACAUUCCACUCCAGUCCGUGAAGAUCGUGAUCGUGUCGUGGCAGAUCUUGACGCAGUUCACGUCCGUGGCGAACGUCACCUACCCUGACGUGUACCAGGACUUCCUGGACGCAAUGGACGUAUUUAACUUCGACCUCAGCUGGGUGUUCUCGACCGGGUGCAUCUUCGACAUCGACUUCCACGAUCGCCUGCUAGUGUCGACGAUCAGCCCACUCGUGGCCCUGUCGUUCCUGGCGUGCACCAACGCCGCCGUCGCCCGUACAAACCGCGGAUCCCCCCAGAACCUCCAGAACAAUGUGUGGCAGAAGCACGUAUCCAUGGGGCUCCUCCUCACCUUCCUCGUGUACUCGAACGUCAGUUCCGUCCUAUUUCAAUCGUUUGCGUGCGAGGAGCUGCACGACGGCAAAAACUACCUCCGGUCGGACUACCGCAUCGAGUGCGACUCCUCCGGGCACAAGGCCUUCCAGGUGUACGCGGGCUUCAUGAUCGUCUUGUACCCGGUGGGGAUCCCGGCUCUAUACGCCGGCCUUCUCUUCAGGGAUCGCGACGUGCUGAGAAAGGAUGAGAUCAACCGAGAAGACCCUCCGCGCGUCACGUCGACGUCCCACCUGUGGGAGCCGUACAAGCCGUCGGCGUUCUACUACGAGAUCGCGGUGACUCUGGUCAUCGCGGUCGCGUUUACGAUACUCUCGGAGGCCCUGGACCCGUACUCGUCCAGGUGGGACGCGUGGACGAGCAGGAUGGGGCACAUGGUCGUGCUCGUGAGCAUGUACGUCGCCCUCCUGCUCAAGGUCGACGUGUCCGACGAACGGGCGAGCAGCCAGAGGGUGUUCGAGGCCAUCCUCGUGGCCGUUCACGCGUGCAUGGUGACGCUGGUCGUGGUCGAGACGAUCAUCCUGUCGGUUUCGCUGAGGGCGGCCAAGGAGCGGGAAGCCCCGCGGCCGAGGCUCAGUACCAGCGGGAAGUCGUUGAGCUGUAUGCUCUCAACUAUGCACAUGUCAGACGGGGAAGAAGAGGCAAAGGAUGAUACAGUAGAUGAGGCAAUACUUCAGAGCGUGACAGUUGCACGUACGCUGCGACGUACCAUUUGAAAGGAGUAACACGGCGAUCGCGUCAAAUUCCUGCGCUCUGUAGCUGCUUGCCUUCGGUGUCUCUCCCGCCGAACGUUCUCCUGCACUACUGGUGUGGAAGACUGGUUGGUCGUGUGCUGUUCUUGUUUAAAUUUGUUCCUCUCACGGAGCGUGAAAGAGUGUGUGGCGCUGGGAGGCAGGUGCCUAAACGUGUUUAGAAUGGUGUCCAGUGAGAUCUUCGUACAAUACCGCCGUGUCCUUUUGCCCGUAGCAGCAGCAAGUCUACCUGUCAUGGAAACCAAAACAAUGAAGAGGAAAAAUUGGAUGCAGCGAGCUCUUUUCAGGCUAUGACUUGAAAGAAUACCAUAUUGUGUAGGAUACACGGUUUCGGAUUUCACUUUUUUGCCAGUUUUAUUUACAUACCACCAUACGAAUAAAAAUUCGACCCAAGGAAGUGUU